CUGCCUUCUGAGAUGAGAUAGCCUCCUGUCGGAUUACAGCCGAUACGCAGCCAGGAAGGCUUUAUUCCGUUUCGAAUGAGGAAAACAUCGUGUCUGCCUGUCUGAGAAAGCUGUCACAUGGGGCCAAGACGGAAAAAACGCUUCCUGAAAUCAUCACUCGCUGUGUAUUAUUGUUUUCAUUCUCUAACGUAAUAUCGCAUCGCGUUUAUUUUUCAUUUUAUUUUUUCUUGUUUGACCAUAUCUUUUCGCCGAGUGUCGCUGCUGAUCAUGAUCAGCAAAGUUAAAAACGCGAUGUCCACUCUGGUGGGAGGCAUGAUGCCGCACGGACAUCACCACCACCACAACCAUCAUCCGUGCGGCGGCCAGACCUGCGGACAGGACAGCAUGCCGCCGCGCUUCCCCUACGGCCGGCCGGAUUUCUUGGACCUCACCCCGGAGCUCCUGCAGUACUCCACCGAGCACGCAUCACGGCCGGUGCUCGCGUUAAAGAGAGGCAGCAGGCUUCCGUGGGGGACGGGAUACGCAGAGGUGAUCAAUGCGGGGAAGAGCAUGCUGAACGAGGACCAGGCCUCCUGUGAGAAACUGUUUGUGAGGAAGCCGAGCAGCAAACACCGCAACUCCACUCUGCUAGAGGACAGCGGGGAUGGCCCAGGAGCUGCCAUCAUGGCCUCCAAGCUUCUUCACCGCCUCAUCAGAGACGGUCUGGGAGAAAUUUGCCACCUGCUGGAGAACCCUGGCCAUGCACCUCCUAUAUGCCUGGCCAAGAACGGUAGCCCCUACCAGGUGGAGGUGAAGAAAGGAGCCACGCAGGAACCAGAGGAUCCCGAAGCCAUCAGCGACUGUUCGAUCCGCUUCCAUAUGGAGAAGGUUGUCAGCUUGGAGAGCCUGGUGAUGGGAGUCAUAGAGACUGCCUUCAAACAGAUGGACGACCUAAUUGAAAAGGAAAAAACGUCCUAUGCCAUCUCUGGUGGGUGUUGUGCCUUAGCUGCCAUUCAUUUAAUGGGGAAACUUUAUGUGGCCAAUGCUGGAGACAGCAGGGCCAUAAUCAUACGAAAUAAUGAAGUCAUUCCCAUGACUAAUGAAUUCACACCUGAGUCAGAAAGGCAGCGGCUACAGUAUCUGGGCUUCCUGAGGCCAGAGCUUCUGGGUAAUGAGUUCACUCACAUUGAGUUUCCUCGUAGGAUCCAGCACAGCGAGCUGGGUAAAAAGAUGCUCUACAGAGACCACACCAUGACUGGCUGGGCCUAUAAGACAAUCGUUGAAGAUGAUCUGAAAUUCCCCCUGAUAUACGGAGAGGGGAAAAAGGCUCGUGUCAUGGCGACAAUCGGAGUGACCCGUGGGCUGGGAGAUCAUGACCUGAAGGUGUACAACUCCAACAUUUACAUCAAGCCCUUCCUCUCAUGCAUCCCUGAGGUACAAGUUUAUAACCUGGAUGAAAACAAACAUGGCCCAGAUGAUGUCAUGGUCAUGGGUACAGAUGGAUUGUGGGAUGUAACAACAGACAGAGAAGUGGCAGAUGCUGUGACAGCCUAUUUAUCCUGCUGUGACCCGUCUGAUCCCAUGAGGUACACACUGGCAGCCCAGGACCUGCUGAUGAAGUCUCGAGGAGUGCUGAAAGAGCGUGGCUGGCGGCUACCCAAUGAUAAACUGGGCUCAGGUGAUGACAUUACUGUGUUUGUCAUCCCAUUGGCGGGGCAUGAGUCAGAGACAUGAUGAGGUGCUGCAGCGACAGGCCUCACUCUUUAGGGUCCUUCCCAUGGUCAUUCUUCCUAACUCCCUCCUAAACCCUGAACUGUAGGGGCAGCAGGAGAUAAAAACACCUUUGUCAUAGGGAAAACUCAGAUCUGAGCAGCACUUUCAUCAACCAUCAUCAGAUCCAGUCCCAGUUGCUAGCUACUACAUUUCAGCCUAACCAUCUCCGUUAGUUGGUAUCAGUCAUGUAACAAAAGAUUUUCAGUGACAUUAUAAGAGAAGUCACAAUCUGCCUCCCAGACCUACCGUUUGUGAUGGCGGUUAGUGAGAAUUAAUUUCUUUUAGUAUAUCUUUUCCUGGUUAUACAGACUGGACUGCUACUCAAACCUUUGAUGUUCAUAUUCAUGUCAUGCCCUAAAUGUCCCUUUUGUUUUAAAAAAAGUCCUUCACAAUUUCACAAUCAUAGCUUGUAAAGGAGAUCACAACUGUAAGGGAAACCAAAGAGACGUCCCUAGGGCAUAAGGAUGGAAAUCUGUACAAAUAAAUGCAUAAAAGAUCAACGAUAAAACAAAAACAAUCAUUACAUUCAUGUCUGUACAUUAAAGUAGCAUGGAGGAGGGCAAAGCUGAGGAAUGAAUCAUUAGAGCACUGGACCCACAGAA